ACGUUUUGCUGCUGCUCAGCGCAGCCAGUCGCGGAGGCGGGGAGGCUGCGCGGUCAGAGGCGCCUGGAGCGAGCGAAUCCUGGCCCACCGCCUGCCCAACCGCGUGACCUUGAUUUAGUUAAUGAACUUCACGCCUCAACGUCCAGGUCUGUAAAAUGGGGUAUCUAACGCAGACCGCACAGCCCAGCUGGGUUUAGCAAACUUCCGGGAGCCGGUUGGAGCCUCUCCCCGUCCCUAGCGGUGAUCCCAGGUGACGACAUGCCGCAGGGGGUCCUGCGGAGGCCACCCUAGGGCGUUGCUGCUGCCUUUGGGAGUGUGGAGCUCCAAACCAUGUCGCGAGAGGCGGAUUUUGGGAGGCCAGGAUCCUCGCGCCAGGGGGAUGUGAGAGGGUGUGGGAUAAAUCUUAAUUCCUCCGGCCCACCCAAAGCCUGGAAAUCCAGCCUCCGCGCCUCUUGCCCUGCGGGCCCCGCCCUCAAUCCCGCCCUCAUCUAACCCGCUACCCCAUUGGUGGCGUCUGGCGGCGCGGCUGCUGUUAUUUUUCGAAUAUAUAAGGAGGUGGAAGUGGCAGCUGCAACUAGAGGCUUCCCAGGCUGGUGCCUGAGCCCCGCGUCCCUCGCCCCCCGCCCUCCCUUCAUCCCUCUCCUCCCUCGCGCCUGACCCUGUGGCUCUUCCUCCCUCCUUCCCUCCCUCCCCACCCCUCGCCCGCUGCCUCCCUCGGCCCAGCCAGCUGUGCCGGCGUUUGUUGGCUGCCCUGCGCCCGGCCCUCCAGCCAGCCUUCUGCCGGCCCCGCCGCGAUGGAGGUGCCCCAGCCGGAGCCCGCGCCAGGCUCGGCUCUCAGUCCAGCAGGCGUGUGCGGUGGCGCCCAGCGUCCCAGCCACCUCCCGGGCCUCUUGCUGGGAUCUCAUGGCCUCCUGGGGUCCCCGGUGCGCGCCGCCGCUUCCUCGCCGGUCACCACCCUCACCCAGACCAUGCACGACCUCGCCGGGCUUGGCAGCUGCAGCCGCCUGACGCGCCUCUCCCUGUCUCGACGGGCAUCCGAAUCCUCCCUGACGUCUGAAUCCUCCGAAUCUUCUGAUGCAGGUCUCUGCAUGGAUUCCCCCAGCCCUAUGGACCCCCAGAUGGCAGAGCAGAUGUUUGAACAGGCCAUCCAGGCAGCCAGCCAGGUCAUUCGAAAUGAGCAGUUUGCCAUCAGACGCUUCCAGUCUAUGCCGGUGAGGCUGCUGGGCCACAGCCCCGUGCUUCGGAACAUCACCAACUCCCAGGCACCCAACGGCCGGAGGAAGAGCGAGGCGGGCGGUGGAGCUGCCAGCAGCUCUGGGGAAGACAAGGAGAAUGAUGGAUUUGUCUUCAAGAUGCCAUGGAAGCCCACAUAUCCCAGCUCCACCCAUGCUCUGGCAGAGUGGGCCAGCCGCAGGGAAGCCUUUGCCCAGAGACCCAGCUCGGCCCCUGACCUGAUGUGUCUCAGUCCUGAGCGGAAGAUGGAAGUGGAGGAGCUCAGCCCCUUGGCCCUAGGUCGCUUCUCUCUGACCCCUGUAGAAGGGGAUACUGAGGAAGAUGAUGGAUUUGUGGACAUCCUAGAGAGUGACUUAAAGGACCUCGUCAUGUACAGCAAGUGCCAGCGGCUCUUCCGCUCUCCGUCCAUGCCCUGCAGUGUGAUCCGGCCCAUCCUCAAGAGGCUGGAGCGGCCCCAGGACAGGGACACACCCGUGCAGAAUAAGCGGAAGCGGAGCGUGACCCCUCCUGAGGAGCAGCAGGAGGCUGAGGAACCUAAAGCCCGCGUCCUCCGCUCAAAAUCACUGUGUCACGAUGAGAUCGAGAACCUCCUGGACAGUGACCACCGAGAGCUGAUUGGAGAUUACUCUAAGGCCUUCCUCCUACAGACAGUAGAUGGAAAGCACCAAGACCUCAAGUACAUCUCACCAGAAACGAUGGUGGCCCUGUUGACGGGCAAGUUCAGCAACAUCGUGGAUAAGUUUGUGAUUGUAGACUGCAGAUACCCCUAUGAGUAUGAAGGUGGGCACAUCAAGACUGCGGUGAACUUGCCCCUGGAACGCGACGCUGAGAGCUUCCUGCUGCAGAGCCCCAUCACACCCUGUAGCCUGGACAAGAGAGUCAUCCUCAUUUUCCACUGUGAAUUCUCAUCUGAGCGUGGGCCCCGCAUGUGCCGUUUCAUCAGGGAACGAGACCGUGCUGUCAACGACUACCCCAGCCUCUACUACCCCGAGAUGUAUAUCCUGAAAGGCGGCUACAAGGAGUUCUUCCCUCAGCACCCGAACUUCUGUGAACCCCAGGACUACCGGCCCAUGAACCACGAGGCCUUCAAGGAUGAGCUAAAGACCUUCCGCCUCAAGACUCGCAGCUGGGCUGGGGAGCGGAGCCGGCGGGAGCUCUGUAGCCGGCUGCAGGACCAGUGAGGGGCCUGUGUCAGUCCUGCUACCUCCCUUGCCUUUCAAGGCCUGAAGCCAGCUGCCCUAUGGGCCUGCCGGGCUGAGGGCCUGCUGGAGGCCUCAGGUGCUAUCCAUGGGAAAGAUGGUGUGGGUGUCCUGCCUGUCUGCCCCAGCCCUGAUUCCCCUGUGGCAUCCCAUCAUUUUCCAUAUCCUGGUGCCCCCCCACCCCUGGAAGAGCCCAGUCUGUUGAGUUAGUUAAGUUGGGUUACUACCAGCUUAAAGGCAGUAUUUUGUGUCCUCCAGGAGCUUCUUGUUUCCUUGUUAGGGUUAACCCUUCAUCUUCCUGUGUCCUGAAACGCUCCUUUGUGUGUGUGUCAGCUAAACCUGGGGGAGAGCCAUGGUUCCUGAGGAUGGGUCAGAGCUAAACUCCUUCCUGGCCUGGGAGUCAGCUCUCUGCCCUGUGUACUUCCCGGGCCAGGGCUGCCCCUAACCUCUGUAGGAACCGUGGUAUGUCUGCCAUGUUGCCCCUUUCUCUUUUCCUCUUUCCUGUUCCACCAUAUGAGCACCUCCAGCCUGAACAGAAGCUCUUACUCUUUCCUAUUUCAGUGUUACCUGUGUGCUUGGUCUGUUUGACUUUAUACCCAUCUCAGGACACUUCCGUAGACUGUUUAGGUUCCCAGGUCAAAUAUCAGUUACCCACUCGGUCCCAGUUUUGUUGCCCCAGAAAGGGAUGUUAUUAUCCUUGGGGGCCCCCUGGGCAAGGGCUAAGGCCUGAAUCGUGAGCCUGCUGGAAGCCCAGCCCCUACUGCUGUGAACCCUGGGGCCUGACUGGUCAGAACUUGCUGCUGUCUUGUUGCGGAUGGAUGGAAGGUUGGAUGGAUGGGUGGAUGGCCGUGGAUGUGCAGUGCCUUGCACACCCAAACCAGGUGGGAGCGUUUUGUUGAGCAUGACAGCCUGGAGCAGGUAUAUAUGUGUGUCUAUUUAUGUGGACAAAAAUCUUUACACUUAGGGUUUGGAACUAUUCAAGAGGAAAUGUCACAGAAGCAGCUAAACCAAGGACUGAGCACCCUCUGGAUUCUGAAUCUCAAGAUGGGGGCAGGGCUGUGCCUGAAGGCCCUGCUGAGUCAUCUGUUAGGGCUUUGGGUCAAUAAAGCACUGAGCAAGUUGAGAAA